AACUGCCGACAAAGAUUGGCUGUACGGGACCAUUCGAUCAAAUGUUUCAAGGACAGACUCCGCCUGAAUCCUUCAGUUGUUUUUGCUAGCAGAAAUAGCCAUGUAUAAACAUCACAGUAUUCAAAGUGGAAAAGGGUCGGAGAAAGAAAGACCUCACUGUGUCAUUAAUGACAUCAUAUAAUUGUUCGUUUUCGGCCGUGUCGAUCCACCUGGAGGCUGGUAUUUGCUAUGGAGGUGAACGGUUAUCAGUGUCUAGGUGAGGGAGAUGCAGAGACUGCAGAAGGGAAGCAACAGCGGCCGUCUAAAGAGACUGCAAGGAGCAGCAAAGCGCCGGAUGGUGCGGAAAACGCAGUGGCAGCUGCAUUAGGAGGAUGCGCACCGAGGGACCGCUUGGCGUCAAACUCCAGGACCAGGCAGAGGAUUGACUCCCUGAAAAAGAACAGGCCGCCUUUCCCUUGGUUUGGGAUGGAUAUUGGAGGGACCCUGGUAAAGCUAGUGUAUUUUGAACCAAAGGACAUCACUGCAGAGGAAGAGCAGGAGGAAGUUGAAAACCUCAAGAGCAUCCGCAAAUACCUGACGUCCAACGUUGCCUACGGUUCCACAGGGAUUCGGGAUGUUCACUUGGAGUUGAAGGACUUGACCUUGUGUGGCCGCAAAGGCAACCUGCACUUCAUCCGCUUCCCCACACAGGACAUGCCUGCCUUUAUUCAGAUGAGUCGAGAUAAGCACUUCUCCAGUCUUCAAACCACGCUGUGUGCCACUGGAGGAGGUGCUUAUAAGUUUGAGCCAGAUUUCCGCGAAAUGGCUGAUCUUGAGCUCCUCAAGUUGGAUGAACUGGACUGUCUUAUUAAAGGAGUGCUAUAUAUAGAUGCAGUCAAGUUCAAUGGACACUCAGAGUGCUAUUACUUUGAAAACCCCUCAGACCCAGACCAGUGUCAGAAGAAGCCCUACAACCUGGAGAACCCGUUUCCAUUGCUUUUGGUCAACAUUGGCUCUGGCGUGAGCAUCCUUGCUGUUUAUUCCAAAGACAAUUACAAGCGAGUAACAGGGACCAGUCUUGGAGGAGGGACCUUUCUCGGUUUGUGCUGUCUGCUGACUGGCUGCUUAACUUUCGAAGAAGCCUUGGAGAUGGCAACCCGCGGUGAAAGCACCACAGUUGAUAAACUAGUCCGAGAUAUCUAUGGGGGCGACUAUCAGAGAUUCGGACUACCAGGAUGGGCUGUGGCAUCUAGUUUUGGGAAUAUGAUGUGCAAGACAAAGCGUGAAUCUGUUUGUAAAGAAGACCUUGCCAGAGCUACGUUGGUCACUAUCACUAAUAACAUUGGCUCAAUAACAAGGAUGUGCGCACUGAACGAGAAUAUUGACAGGGUGGUAUUUGUUGGCAACUUCUUAAGGAUCAAUACACUCUCCGUGAAGCUUUUGGCAUAUGCUAUGGAUUAUUGGUCAAAGGGACAACUAAAAGCACUUUUCCUGGAACAUGAGGGUUAUUUUGGAUCCGUUGGUGCCCUACUGGAGCUGUUGAACCCAGCAUAGUUCUUCAGCUAGACCUACUGUAUUGGACCAUAUGUUCAAAGUGUUUCCUCCCUUCUUUAAUUAAUUACAGAGAAAAAAUAAAUCCUGUUAAUGUUACAAAAUGAAAAUCAAAACAUCUUUGGAGUCCUUAAGAAAACUUGAAAGGUAUAACUUAGUUGGUUGGUUCUAGUUUUGUAAAAUUGACUUUUCUUUUUUUUUUUUACCUCAUUAAAAAAAUAGAAGUUAACUAAAGAUUGGCGUAAACCCUGAAAAUAUACUCUAUUAUGUACUCAUUGAGAAAAAUACCUGAGAUAAAAGGAGACCAAAUGAGGGGUUAUGUUUUAUAAGGGGAUGUUUUAACUGCAAUCAGUGCUUAAAGGAGUACUAACCAAAGGGUUAAAUCUUUGCACUGGCAGUAUUAUGACUGCACCCCCCUUUUCUUCAAUUUGGAAUAUACAAACGAUAGAUAAAAAGUAACUUUUUUCUGGAACUUAAUCAUUCCAUGUGUUGCACUCCAAACUCACUCCAGUGGUCUAGCUGCAAACAGAAAAGGUAACAGGGUGCAGCAUUUUAUCUAUUGGAAAAGAUUCUCAGAUCAGCAAAAGGGUGUGGGGUGGGUGGGCACCAGUAAUAAUGUUAGUAAAGCUAAUUUUAAGAAUUGGUUAGCUCCUUUAACACAAUUGGUCAGUAAUUCUAGUUUUGUAUAUGCUUUUCUGUUGUCCACUGUGUGCCAGUAAAUGCAGUCUUUCAAAUUAAAGCUAAAACGUUACAGACGUGAGAGACUUCUUUAGCAAGUCUUAUGAAUGCCGUGGCCUGACGGUAAGCUCAAUAGACCGAGAGCCAGAAAAUCCAGAGCUUGGAUCUGUGCUCUACCUUUUGAAGUGCUGUGUCAUUUGACCAAUCAUAUGCAUGUUCUAUGGUUCUACUCCGCUGCAAAAUAACAUUUAUGAACUGGCAGACAAGCAUGGGGAAUCCCAGAAAAAAAUGUAAUGUGAAAAUUGUACUGAUAUUAUUGUUUGGGACUGUGCUUUAUCAUUAAAAACAUAAUUGUCAUCUUGAAUUGUUGAUGCUUGUGUAUAUAGUCAAAGCUAAUAGACUGUGAACCUGUUUUCAGUUUGAGGGUUAUUUAUCCCUGUUAAACAUAUUUACAACAGACCAUAAUAUUGUAAUGACCAUAUAUCUAUAAUGUGUCAUAUAUAUAAUUUGUUACAUUAAAAGUGUAACACUAACGUGAGGGUUACCCUAUUCAUUUUUUAAAUACAUAAUCAUGUUAUACCACAUGAUAUCUACUGGUUGUUGGCCUUUCUUACAAAUAUGUACAGUAUAAUAUUCAGGUCCAAUUUAAAUAGGAGUAAAUUCCCUUAAACACAAAUUGAGUAAUUCAGAUUACAUUAUUAAUUAUCAAUGCCCUUUCUUUGAGGGGGGCUGGUUGUCUUAGUUUCCUGAAGAAUGUUUGUUUAUUUUAAUUUUUUUAAAAUAUUUUUGUGGUUUCUAACUUUUUAUAAUUGCAGAACUAUAAGGAGGUUGUAAUCAUAACUGAAAUUCAUAAAGUAAACUUGGAAAGCGAAAGCUGUUCUAGAAAAUAGAGAUGUGUCCACUGUAGCAGUCAACUUGCUUGCUCACAAUACACAAUACUGUGUUCUUCUGCAUGUUUCAGGUUGUACUUCAGCAUUAUAGUAUUAACUUCCUGUAUGUAGCUCCCCAGGUGUUUUCUGGGGCAGUCAAAUCUGAACGCUUUUAUUUAAUGGACCAAAAGUUGGAUACUCUUUCUUUUAUCAAAUCUGUUUAGUAAAUAAGCACAAUGCCUGUUGAAGAAGGUUACCUACAGGAACCCCAUUGGAACAUGGUUCACACAUCUGAUUGUAUUUAUCCCCCUGUUAAUCACCACUUAAGAUUUAUAUUGUAUAAAAGCAGCAAGUACCCAAAACUGUGAAAGGAUCUGAUUAAAAAAGGAACAUAGUUAUGGCUAGGUGCCAAUGGUUCUUUAUGGAUUCUUCACAAGAGCAAAUGUUUGAAAAUGGUGUUCUCUUUAAUUUAAUUUCACAGUUUUCUUUUAAGUGUUUUGAUAUGCAUAUAAAUGUUGUUGAUUGCUAUAUGUUUCCAUCUUUUUCUUAUAUUUUUUUCUUAUAUUCUUGGAAUUAAAUAUUUUAAUUUUU